AAAAAGAGAGAGAGAGAAAAUAGAUUUAUUUUACAGAAUAUGAACUUGAUUUAAACCAAUGAAAUUUUUUUGUACAGACAUUCCCAGUUAGGAUUUGAAACUAUUCUCUUUUUGAUUUCUAGGUUGACGCAAACAUUUUUAUCACACUCACCUUUGUAUAUCGAGAAUUAUGUGAUGUCAUGUUCAAACAAGGCUUUGUAAACUGUGUAAUGAUAUCUUGGUACCUCCUCUUGAAACAGACGACAUAGAGGCCAUAUUUAACACACCGUUCGAGAAAAUCACUAUCCACAGCCAUUUGAUUGGACAAUAUUACUUUUUCUUUAUUUUUGAAAGCGUACCCCUUCUUGAACACUUGUUCUCUAUUACAAUGUCAUCAUCUUCCAAAUCUGAUCCUCGUAAAGAAGAAGCUAUUGUUCCUUUUCACCUUCCUCGUAAAAGCGAAUUAGAAGAAGACUGGUCUUCUGUAUUAGCUACCUUUGUUGCCAUGGCUGGUAUUAUGACCAGAAACCGCUUUAAGAUGAUCCCUUGGGUUGCUGCCUAUUUUGGUCUUACUGCAGCUUUAAAUACAAGAAAGUCAUUAAAAAACAAGGACUCUUUAGCCAACAAUGGUGCAUUGCUUUCAUUUGUCUCCCUUUUCACUUUCUACCUCAAUCUGUAUCUUGUACACAAAAAGGGCAUGGAAGCUGUUGCUAAUGGCGAUGUAAAAAUUAUUUAACCAUUUAUAUUAAUAUAUAUACAUUAUGACUACCAAACAACUUUUGAUUCCAUCUGGCAUAAGCAUGCUAUAUACUUCAUAUGCUUCUAAUUCUCAGUAUGGGCCUUUUUUUUGAGCACGC